UGCUCACUCAGCAGCCUCACCUUGCCUCCUCACCGCCAUGGACAGCCGCUACCCACCCCGCCAGAGCAAGCAACCAUUGGUGUUCACCGCGCUCGGCACGCUCGCCGCCGCUUUCCUCUUCUGGGCAGCCUUCCUCCGCCCUAGUGCUUCUGUGCCGGAGACACCGUUCGUGACGAAGGCGGUCGCAGUCCUUCAGGGCGAUUUCGGCGCGGGGGGAACAGUCGUGCUCACGCAGGCAAACCUCGGCGCGCCGGUCAACGUCACAGGCAGGCUGACGGGGCUGGACCCGCGCGCUCUACGGGGCUUCCACAUCCACACGUCGGGCGAUCUCUCGUCUGGCUGCGCGUCUGCCGGCGCGCACUUCAACCCUCUGGGGCUCACGCAUGGCGCGCCGUCCGAUGUGACACGACACGCGGGCGAUCUGGGCAACAUCUUGAGCGAUGGGGAAGGAGUCGCCCUGUUCUCCAUCGAGGAUUCGGUCAUCUCGCUGAACGGCCCGACGGGCGUCGUGGGACGUGCCAUUGUAUUGCAUACGGGCACGGACGACUUGGGUCGCGCAGAUAACGACGAAUCGCUCAAGACCGGAAAUGCAGGUGCCCGUGCCGCAUGCGGAGUUAUUGGCAUUGCCGGAUGAUCGUGAAGUGGUUAACUCGCAGCGUCGUCACACAAACCCCCAACACGGGACCGGACUCUUCGUCAGGAGAAAGAAACAUCAUCGCCUCCUUGUUCUGCGUGCUCUGUAAUCUGUUUCAUGUUUGUACUGAAAGACAAUGUAUCGUGUCCAAUGUUAUUCCCUCGUGAUUGGCCAGAACGCGAUGGAAUUCUCUCUUA